AUGGUGCACAAGCGCCUCCGCAAUUGCAACACCUCAUCAUUUACCAAGUCGUGCGUCGUGCGCAAUACUAAUGGGCAGAAUAGUAGCAGCAAUUACAUUACAUCAAACCCGAUCACGCCUACUUCCCCGACCAGACCGCCACCUGGAACGAUGAUGCAGUUGGUUGAUUGUUUCGUUGACCCGUCCGCCGUUACACCGCACGAGGCAGUGAGCCUAGCCGAAGAAAUGGCUGCGGAUUUUUACAGUGAGAUUUCCAUCAUGUACGACAUGCUAUCGGACAUUAAGAUCCCCACUGAUGAGGGCCGCGCCGUAGACGAGCUUAUGCGCCGCUUGCACAUUUUGUUGAGUGCCAACGCUAAUGGACAUCACACAGACAGGAACCUGUCUACUCAAAUCACCCAUGUGCGCGGACUAUAUAAUGGACUCAUCCGCGUGUUUGUCUUCUUGUAUCAACGGUACUAUCGUGCCUUUGUGGUGUUGGAGGUGAAUGAACUUUUGACCGCAAGUUGGCAGCGCCUACUUGCCUUUGUGAUUGAGUAUCACAUUCUGGAUGAAAUGUUUGUUCGCAAGGUGUACGACCAUGUUGCCGAGAUCGUCGGCUCCCCUUGA